AUGCAAGCCGCCAAGAUGUGCGAGGAGUCCAUCCCGGGGCUGCAGAUCGACCACGUAGACAUCUCCGACCUGCCGCUCCUCAACACCGACCUCGAGAACGUCGACGGCAACACCUUCCCGGCCGCCGUCAAGGAGUUCCGGGGCAGGGUCCGCGGCGCCGACUGCUUCCUCUUCGCCUCCCCCGAGUACAACUACUCCAUCUCAGGCGCUCUAAAGAACGCGUUGGACUGGGGGUCGCGGCCACCGAACGUGUGGGCGGACAGGGCCGGCGCUCUAGAUUUCUACAAAAUGAGAAAAUACCAAUUUCAGUGA